AUGAGGCUGAGAUCAGAAAAGGAGAGCGAAGAUGAAGACCAAGAAGAGAAGUACCAGGGUGGACGAAGAAGAGGACGUGUGGACUUUCACGAAGUUCUACAGACCCUAAAGGAUCCGAAGUCUUACCUGACAGCGCUCAUGUUCUUUAGCUGUAACGUGGCUUUUAGUUCCAUGCCCGUGUUCCUGCCGACCGUAAUCCGAGAUAUGGGCUGGGAAUCCAUUACAGCACAAGGACUUUCAGCUCCGCCAUACCUCUUCGCUUUUGUCGUCGUUCUCACGACUGCAUAUUACUCCGAUCGAUUGCAAUCACGCUCGACGUUCAUCAUGCUCCACUCUGUCCUAGCAACGAUCGGAUACGGUACUAUUGCUAUCUCCGGAUACCUACAGUCUGACAACACCAUGAUCCGCUACGUCGCGCUCUAUCCCGCUGCCGCAGGCUUCUUCAGCGCUAUCACUAUCAUCAUCACAUGGACACUCAACAACCAAGAAAGCGACAGUAAGAAAGGCACCGGCAUGGCUCUUCUGAACAUCAUUGGUCAGAUGGGCCCGCUGGUUGGCACGAGCAUCUUCCCAGAUGACGACGGUCCUUACUACGUCAAGGGCAUGAGUAUAUGUGCAGGAUUUAUGCUUCUGGUCGGCAUCCUUGCUGCGAUACUAAGGUGGGUGUUGACAAGAGAGAACCGAAAGCUGAAUAAUGGUCGCAGUGUAGAGUAUGCCGGUAUACCGUUGGAUGAGGGUGGGAGCAUGAGAAGAGAAAGGAAGAAGUUUACAUUCAUGUUGUAG